AUGACGCUCGACGCGCGGCUCGAGCUCGCGCUGACGAUCGCUGAGGAGUGCAUACAGCCGGAUGAACUGCGGAAGCUGCUGGAGAAGAAACCCACGCCGGUGUGCUACGACGGCUUCGAGCCGAGCGGGCGGAUGCACAUCGCGCAGGGCGUCAUGAAGGCGCUGAACGUGAAUAAACUGACGAAGAUUGGAUGCCACUUUAAAUUUUGGGUCGCCGAUUGGUUCGCGCUGAUGAAUAAUAAGAUGGGCGGGGAUUUAAAGAAGAUUCAAAAAGUUGGGAAAUACAUGGUCGAGGUGUGGAAGGCGAUUGGGAUGGAUUUGGACCACGUCGAAUUCGUGUGGUCGAGCGAAGAGAUCAACAAGAAGGCGGAUGAAUACUGGCCGUUGGUGUUGGAUAUCGCGCGUAAGAAUAAGCUCGCGCGGAUUUUGAGGUGCUCGCAAAUCAUGGGGCGAAGCGAGAGCGACGAGUUGGCGGCGUCGCAAAUUUUCUACCCGUGCAUGCAGUGCGCGGACAUCUUCUUUCUCAAGGCGGACAUCUGCCAGCUCGGGAUGGAUCAACGCAAGGUGAAUAUGCUCGCGAGAGAGUACUGCGACGACAUCAAGCGCAAGAACAAGCCCAUCAUCUUGUCUCACCACAUGCUCAUGGGAUUGAAGCAAGGCCAAGAGAAGAUGUCCAAGUCCGAUCCGGAUUCGGCGAUUUUCAUGGAGGACAGCGAGCAAGAGGUGAACACGAAGAUCAAGAAGGCAUAUUGCCCGGAGAAGGAAAUCGCGGGGAACCCGUGCAUGGAGUACAUCAAGUACGUCAUCAUUCCUUGGUCGAACAAGUUUGAGCUCAAGCGCAAGGAAGAGAACGGCGGCGACAAGACGUACGAGACGUACGAUGAAUUGGAGGCGGACUACGUCUCCGGUGCCGUGCACCCGGGCGACUUGAAGCCGUCUCUCGCGGCCAUGCUUAACGAAAUUUUGCAGCCCGUUCGCGAUCACUUUAAGAACAACGCCGAAGCCAAGGCGCUGCUCGCGCAAAUCAAGCAAUACAAGGUGACGAAGUAG